GAGGUGCCUCUAGUGCUUCUGGAUGUUCAUCUGUCACAGUACAGCUAUGUGGGAGGUUUCCAGCCUUCACAGGCAGACAUAGCAGUUCUAACCUCAGGCUGUGUUCCCCACAGUCCCCCUCACACAUUAUGCAAUGUGCGACGCUGGGCAGCACACAUGGCUACUUUCUCCUCCAGCGAGUGCCAGGCAUUACCACCAUAUACUGUUGGUUGUAAGCUUUGAUCUCUGUAUACAAGAAGACAAGAAUCAGGUGUCAGGAAACACUUGGCGAUUUAGAGAAGUUAGGCUAAUAUUCCAGUCAAAAGAAGACUUGAAAUGGCUUUUAUUGGUUCACUAUAUAGAAGUUUAAAACCUGCAAACCAACUCAUGGCUGGUAGAGGCAUCACUAUUCAAAUGUCUGCCACACUCCUCUCGUCUCUCCCUGGCACAAGAAGCCUAGUGUAUAAGAUGGAUGAGCAGCUGUCAGACUUUGUUCACAAGAACAUAAAGAUGAGUGAUGAAGCACAAAAUUCAAAGAAUGGGCCACAAAAUAAUAAAGAUGGUGAACAAGUAAAAAAGAAACCUGGAAAAUUUACAUUAAAAACACCAAAGGGCACCCGGGAUUAUGGGCCGGUAGAAAUGACCGUCAGAAGACAAGUUUUUGAUACAAUAUAUAAUGUAUUCCACUUGCAUGGAGCUGUAGAAAUUGAGACACCAGUAUUUGAACUUAAGGAUGUGCUUACUGGCAAAUAUGGAGAGGAUUCAAAACUUAUUUAUGACCUAGAGGACCAAGGAGGCGAAAUUCUGUCGAUGAGAUAUGACCUUACAGUCCCUUUUGCUCGAUAUGUCGCCAUGAAUAAAAUUGCAAACAUAAAACGAUAUCAUGUAGCUCGUGUCUACCGUAGAGACAAUCCAGCUAUGACGAGAGGUCGAUAUAGAGAGUUUUACCAGUGUGACUUUGAUAUUGCUGGGCAGUAUGAUCCUAUGAUUGCUGAUGCAGAGUGUGUACAGCUAGUUCAUCAAGUGUUGUCAAAACUGAACUUGGGAGACUUUAUCAUUAAGGUAAACCACAGAAAAAUCCUUGAUGGAGUAUUUGGGGCAUGUGGUGUCCCAUGUGAGAAGUUCCGUCCGAUUUGCUCUGCAGUGGACAAGCUUGACAAGUCACCUUGGGAAGACGUAAGAAAAGAAAUGGUAGAUGAGAAGGGCUUGGAUGAUAAUGUUGCUGAUAUUAUUGGAGAAUAUGUUAAGUUUUCUGGCAAGGAGGAUCUCAUAGAAAAGCUAAAGAAUGAUGAGCGAUUGAAAAAUUCAGCUGCUGCUCAGGCUGGCCUUGCAGACCUUAAUCUUCUCUAUCAGUACUGUAAGAGUCUUGAUUGUGAUGCCCACUUGGUGUUUGACAUGGGUUUGGCUCGAGGCCUUGACUAUUACACUGGAGUUAUUUAUGAGGCUGUGUUGACAGCUGGCCAGACUAAAGAUGGACCUGUGGGAAGUGUUGCUGGAGGUGGAAGGUACGAUGGACUGGUAGGGAUGUUUGAUCCAAAAAAGAAGACUGUGCCUUGUGUUGGUGUCAGUUUUGGCAUUGAAAGAUUAUUUGCUAUUCAAGAACAGAAGCAGCGAGCAGAAAAUGACAAGCUGCGAUCAACCCAAACAGAAGUGUUUGUGGCAGCUGCAUGUAAAGGAAUGGUACAUGAAAGAUUGAAACUUGUUGGUCUUCUGCAUAGUGCAGGAAUUAAGGCAGAAUCUAGCUACAAAAACAACCCAAAGAUCCUCACUCAGCUACAGUAUGCUGAAGAUAAUGCAAUUCCACUGGUAGUGCUUAUUGGAGAAUCAGAAGUGCAAGAAGGUAUAGUGAAACUUCGAGAAACAGCCACACGUGCAGAAGUAUCUGUCAAAAGGGAGGAAAUGGUAACGGCCAUCAAGCAAAGGCUUGAAAAUAAGUAGCAUAAUAUUUAUUGUCUAGCACUAAUGCAUAUUAAAAUGUUAAUGUACACUGGUUCAAGAAUUAGAAAUUUUCAGAAAAGUGUUAAUGUGGAUACUGUAAUCAUUUUGUCAAGAAAAGUAAACUCAUUGUAGCUUUCAAUUUUGGAGAAUAAUGUCAAUUAAGGCCUCAUAAUUUUAUAAUUAUUUGUAAAUUGAGUAAUCAUUACAGUAUCUAUCAGACUGGGAAUGGUAAUUGAAUUGUGUCAUUCUUAAAUAAAGAAUUCACAGCU